AUGGCAGCCGACGAUUCAAUUCCUCUCCCGCCGGCGAGCGCCCCUGCAGCAGACACCAAUACGACGACGAGGCCCGCAGACGAGAGCGGCCGGGGUGGUCGCGGUCGUGGCGGUUACAAGGGCGGUUACCAGAGCGAGAGGCGGGGUGGUGCCAGAGGCGGGCGAGGCGGGCGAGGCGGCGGGCGAGGAGGGAGAGACCGCGGCAAUGACAAGGGCGGCGACGACCGCAAUAACUCGGAGCUUGGACUCAGGAAACGCGACUUCCCCACCAAUCGCGAAAAAGUGCAGAACAACCGAUCCGCCAAACGACUCAAGGUCAUCGAGGACGAUGUCCAGGGCAACAGCUACAUGAGCAUUUCCUUCACCCCCGAGGAGAUCGCUGCCGAGGAACGCCGACCGAAGCGAAAGGUGGCUGUGCUCAUCGGCUACGCGGGCACGGGUUACCACGGCAUUCAGAUCAACCACAAGGACAAGACGAUUGAGGGCGAUAUAUUUGCCGCCUUUGUUGCCGCCGGUGCCAUCUCCAAGGCCAAUGCCGACGACCCCAAGAAGUCGAGCCUGGUCCGCUGCGCGCGAACCGACAAGGGCGUCCACGCCGCCGGGAAUGUCCUAUCGCUCAAGCUUAUCGUCGAAGACGAGGAUAUCGUCGAAAAGAUCAACAAGCUCCUUCCCGACCAGAUCAGAAUCUGGGCGAUCCAGCGGACCAGCAACGGUUUUAGCUGCUACCAAUCCUGCGAGUCGCGAUGGUAUGAGUACCUCAUGCCCAGCUACGCUCUCCUGCCGCCCCAGCCACACAGCUUCCUGGGAAAGAAGGUAGUCGAGUCAGCGAAAGAGAAGGGCAUGUUUGAGGAAUACUUUAGUCGGCUGGACGAUGUCAAGGAUUUUUGGGACGACGUGGAAAAGAAUGACAUCCAGCCCAUUCUCGACAAUUUAGACGCAGACACCAGAGCGGAGGUCGUGCGGCUGUUGGAAGAGACUGGAGAGCAAGAGCUUGCCGACGAGUCUGUACCCACAGAAUCGAACAGCAAGGCAAAGGCCAAGGUCCAGAAGGAUCAGGUCGCGGCAAUACCCGAAGCCGAGUCAACCAAAAGCGCCGAGACGAAUGACGCGGUGGACAUUGACAGCGAGGGCGUUUCGACAAGCAAACCCGUUGCUGAGAAGGAACAGGCAGGAGAAAAGGAGCUCUCCCCUGCUGAGCUAGCACUCCGGGAAGUCAAGGCCGCAUACAUCACAGCCAAGCGGCGCUACCGGGCCACACCGCGCCGCCUUGAGAGGCUCCAGCAAGCUCUGGAUCACUAUCUCGGCACGCACAACUUCCACAACUACACCAUACUCAAGUCCUUUGCGGACCCGUCAGCCAAACGACACAUCAAGUCGUUCAAGGUUGACCCGACGCCGAUCUGCAUUGGCGAUACCGAGUGGCUCUCGGUCAAGAUCCACGGCCAGAGCUUCAUGAUGCACCAGAUUCGCAAAAUGAUUGCGCUGUCGGUGAUGCUGGUCCGCUGCGGCGCUCCGCUCGACAUCAUCAACGACAGCUACGGGCCGCGGCGCAUUAGCAUCCCCAAGGCGCCAGGUCUCGGCCUGAUGCUGGAGCGUCCAGAGUUCACCGAGUACAACAAGAAGGCGGCUGGGCUCGGCAAGGAGGCUAUCGACUUUUCCAAGUACGAGGAUCAGAUCCAAAAGUUCAAGGACGGGUACAUCUACCGGCGCAUGUUUGAGGUAGAGGAGCAGGAGAACUCGUUCCACUUGUUCUUCAACCAGGUCGACAACUUCUGCACCGACUACUUCCUUUGGGCUACCAGCGGCGGAGUGGAGGCGUCGCAUGAGCGUUCGGACCGCAAGGGCGGCGAGAGAGUACCCAAAGCGCUGCAGACCGAACUUGGAGACGAGGCGGAUGGCGUGGUGGAGAUUGGCACGUGA